GGGCUCUGGCCCGAGGUGCAGGACACCUGCACCUCGCUGGGUUUGAUGCUGUCGAUCGUGCUGUCCGUGGCGCUGGCCCGCGGGGUCCUCCAGCGGCACGUGCAUCGGCCUUCGGCCCACGCCUUCGUCUUGGAGUUUCUGGCCACCUUCCAACUCUGCUUCUGCACCCUUGAGCUGCAGCUGCUGGGCGAGCAGGAACCCGCGCACCCCACCUGGUCGCUGACGCUAACCUACUUCUUCUCGUUGGUGCAUGGCCUGACUCUGGUGGGCACGGCCAGCAACCCGUGCGGUGUGAUGAUGCAGAUGAUGCUGGGGGGAAUGUCCCCCGAGACGGGGGCGGUGAGGCUGUUGGCUCAGCUGAUGGCUGCUCUGGGCAGCAGGUACUGUAUAGGCGCCCUGUGGAGCCUGGGACUGACCAGGUAUCACGUCGGUGAGAGGAGCUUCGCUUGCAGGAACCCCAUGCACGUCGACUUGCCCAAAGCUGUCGUCGUAGAGGCCAUCUGCUCCUUUAUCUUCCACAGUGCCCUGCUGCACUUCCAGGAGGUCGGAACCAAGCUUCGUAUCCACAUGCUGGCAGCACUCAUCACCUUUUUGGUCUAUGCAGGAGGAAGUCUAACAGGAGCUAUAUUUAAUCCAGCUUUGGCACUUUCACUACAUUUCAAGUGUUUCGAUGAAGAUUUCCUUCAAUUUUUUAUAGUAUAUUGGCUGGCUCCUUCUUUAGGUAUAUUGUUGAUGAUUUUGACAUUCAGCUUGUUCCUUCCAUGGCUGUAUAACAACCAUACAACUAACAAGAAGGAGUAACUGUUCCAAAAGACUCAGACUAAGUCACAAGACAGUCUAGUUGGACGUUAUAAAGACUUUGUCUCCUCAGAUUCAGCACACUGGCUGCACUGGAUUCAUCAAUGUCACUUCCUUUGAGGAAGCUGCCUUAGUUUUCAUCACUGGGACUUAAAAAAUUACCAUGAAAAUGAGGCAUCCUGUAUUUCUCAGUUAAGACUUGUUCUUUUGAGUGUGUAUUAAAUGCUGCUAGCAGAGACUCACUACAUUAACUAUAAAUCAAGUGAUAAUUGUUCAUUUUGGUGAGGAAAAAAAAAUGAGUACAGGGUGAGAAAGCAAGGGAAGGUGAUGGGAGGCCCAAAGAAAGUGUGUAUAUCAAGUGUCUCCUGAAUGAACAGGAUUUUAACCACAGUACCAGUCAUGCUCUCAGACCUGGAGAGGAUACUUUUCAGCCAGUACCUCACACAGUGAUACCCAGUGUCAUCUUUCAAUAGGAAAGUUGCUUUUGGAAGCAGAUUAUAUACCCACUCAUAUUCCCAGGGUUUCCUAAAUUUUAAGUAUAUUCUAAUCUAAACUAUUUUCUCUAAACAGAGAAAGCAGCUCACUAGCUUUAGGCAAGUUGUUAUUCUUUAAUAGUAUACUGUAUGACACAAAGCACCCAUACAAAGUCAAGAUGUAACCUUUUCACACUCUCAUUUGAUCCUAAUCAAAGUAGGUAGGGCAUGUAUUUUUAAUCUGUUUUACAGAUAAGGAAACUAAGUCUAGGGAGUGUUGCGGCCCUGCCCAAGUUCAAAUACAGUCAAACACCAUCUUGAGGACUUCUACUUUAAUACAAAAAAUAUUCUCAGUCAUCAGUAUGACUAAAGGAAAAUGAAGAUUUUGAAGAAACAUUAAAUAUUUUAUAACAGUAAAAUUUGUUUAGGAAUUAACUAGCCUUUUUUUUUUUUUUAAGGCUUAAAGAACCUUCAAAAUUUCCCCUAUUUCUUUUAUUGUAUGAGGUCUACUUUAAUGGAAGUUCUGGCCAUAAAAGGUUAGGUGUGUUUCUCUUCAAAAGCAAUUCCGUUAUCAGGGUUAGAACUGAAGUAAACAAAUAUGGGGUGAAAUAAAAUCUGUUUGAGCAGUAAUCAAUUAGGCAAGUGACAAACUGCCAGGUACUUCAAGUGCUGCUUGGUGAUCAGCUUGUACAGUCCCUCUUUACACCUGCAGACUGAACUAUGGCAAGGCAGCCAGCCAGCCAGUUUGACAACCGUGGACUCACACACCUUAGUAGCUUUUUUUUUUUUUAAAUAUAUUUCUUUACUGAUU